UUUCGUUCGUCUACAGUUCUAGAACUAUCUAUUCACGGCGCAGAGAGUGCAGGACAGGACAGUUCCGUGCAGCGGUUCAACUUUGUGAUCUGUUUUCAUCGCAAAACAGAUUUACUUAAAUUAGACUAGUGGAUUGAGUGGAGUAGCGUUCCGUUUUAUCCCCUUCAAGAGUUCUAGUAGAAGCUCGCCCAGUUUAGUCAGGAUGAAGAUGUUCAAGUGUUUACUGGUGAUAAGCUGCUUAGCUUCGGUGUGCCUCGCCCACAGUGCUUCCGCCGCGCAGUCCAUCAACUCGAACAGGAUCGACGAUGGUCAGCAGGACGGCCAGCAGCAGACGCCCCGCUCCGGGUCGUACCUCGGCGAGAUCAAGUACCUGUACAAGACGUACCAGGACUGUGCCAGCUCGGACGUGUCCACCUGCCUGAAGCUGAAGCUGUUCACAAUCCUGGACCGCGUGGCGCGAUCACUGAAGGACUUCAAGAUCUCCGAGGGAAUCAAGUUCGUCCGCGACCAGGAAGUGCCCAUCGACAGCACCCCAGUGAAGAGCGAAGCCCAGCUUGAAACCGAACUGCCCCGCUCGAUGGACGAGAAGGAACGCUCGCUGAACUCGAUGCUCUUCGACAAGGUUCUGUCCUUCUUCCAAACCCACACCCUGCAAGUCAAGUUCCCGUCCAGCGAGGAGAUCAAGCGCUCGAUGGAGGAGGUCCGCGGCCAGGGAGGUUUCGGCGGUGGCUCCGGAGGACUCGGCGGCAAGGACAAGGACAAGAAGAACGGCCACUGGAUCAUGAUCCCGCUGCUGCUCGGCUCCACCCUGGUCCCGCUCGCUUUCGGUGCCCUCGCUCUGCUCGCCGGUAAGGCUCUGAUCGUCUCCAAGCUCGCCCUCGCCCUUGCCUCGAUCAUCGGAAUCAAGAAGCUGAUCUCCAGCGGUGGUGGCCACCACGAAUCUGCCCAUGAGGUCGUCGUCUCCGGCGGACACGGCGGCGGCUGGGGCCGCAUCGGCAACGCCCAAGGCCUAGCGUACAACGGCUACGGACACUACGCCCAGUAAAGGGGGCCCCGAUCCCUCUAGUCCCGACGCUACAGCUACACGCUAAGCCAAAGUCACAGACACACCGAUACACACACACAUACUCACACAUACAGAAAGACACACCACCCCCAACAACCCCCCCAAAACAGAGAGUUUCAGGAAACCGACUGAUGAUCGAAAAAAGGAAAAUCCAAGUUAUUUUGUUUUUGUUUACGUUUUUGCGUUACCUCAACUAUUCCUUUCUCGCUCUGACUUCUGGAGCCGCUCUUUCCUGUCUCAAAACAAAAAAGUUUGCAAAAGGACGAAACUGGACCGCAAACCACGCGGCAAGUGCCCUUCCUUUCCGUAGACUCUUCUUUUUUGAAGCAGCAGCCUUAGCAUUUUUUAAAAGUUAGUUUUUAAAAAUUUGCUAACAUAUUUAUGUAACUUAAUUGUAAUUUAAUUUAUUACACCUCGAAGAACUGAUUAUUUAUUUAAUUAAGUCUCUUAAGAAUCCAAUUUGUAAAAAGCCGAAUAAACUGAAAAAAACAAGUGAAAUGAAAAGUUAAAAACUAA